UCCACGUAAUUACAUAUUUACAGGAGAUAAUAAAGCAGCAGUGUAAUCCAGGGCAAACCAACAGCCCCUUUUUGUUGUGAUUGUCGACUUUGGAACCGCGGAUUGCCUUUUUUUUUUCUGAGGAUCGGGUCUAUUUGUUCCUCUUUCUUGAAGUUUCCCCUUUUUGGCCUCUCAGAUUGUUGUUGGUGGAUGAGUUUUAUGUGGCACAUGAAUUUGAUGUACUUUUGUUCAUUCACAAGUUGCUCUUGUUGCUGGUGUUGCGCCAAAACGUCAUUGCAGUUGUUCCUGUGUGUCUUUUAUGCCUAAUGACUUUUCUUAUAAUUGCAAAUAGGCUGCAGUCAAAAAGAUUUCCGAACAGGAUUUUAUAUAAAAUAAAGAAUUUACCUGUGUUGCCAGUAUCUGUAUGACUCAGCGUUAUUGCACCUACUCUGUGUUCUAGAUAAGGACUGGCCCAGGGUCCUCUUAAAAAUGCAUUUUAAUCACACUUUUUAACUGGAUAAUUCAAAGAUAUAUAAAAGUUCUACCUUGUGAUAGGACUGUUCUUUCUGGCUCAGAAUGAUGUCAUAUCAUUCAUGAGCGAUAUCUUUGAGACUGUAGGCCAUGAAGUUAUUUACAGCAGUUUAAAUACCAGUAAUUGUGUUUUUGGCAAAUACUGGCACAGUACUGGUGCUGAGAGGCUUUUACUAGGAACAGGGGCAUGAACUAGGGCAGCAAAAGCAUGUGUCUCUCUAACACAGUUUUAUGAUCACAAAACAGCGGAAUCCAUAUGUGCUGAACACAUCUGGGGAUGAGCUCGAUGACCAGGAUGGUGAUUCAAGAGAGCAAUCUCCACUAACUGACGAACAGUUGGUAGCAGGGUUCUCUGACAUCAUCCUCUCCACAAUCCUGGCCACCAAAUCUGAUAUGUGUGGAAAGAAGUUUGAACUGAAGAUAGACAAUGUUCGAUUUGUGGGCCACCCAACCCUCCUUCAGCAUCCUCCUAUCAUCCAGGUUUCUAAAACAGAUCCUUCACCCAAGAGAGAAAUGCCAACAAUGAUCUUGUUUAAUGUGGUGUUUGCACUCAGGGCAAAUGCUGACCCAUCCGUCAUCAGCUGCAUGCACAACCUGUCACGCCGCAUUGCCAUUGCUCUGCAGCACGAGGAGCGCCGCUGCCAGUACCUGACCCGCGAGGCCAAACUCAUGCUGGCCGUCCAGGAGGAAAUUACCACCAUGACUGAGACAGAUGGAAGCCCCCAGUCCCCAUUUAGACAAAUUCUUCCAAAAUGUAAGCUAGCAAGAGACCUGAAGGAGGCGUAUGACAGCCUUUGUACAACCGGUGUGGUGCGACUUCACAUCAACGACUGGCUGGAGGUGAGCUUCUGUUUACCGCACAAGAUCCACAAGAUUGGUGACACCUAUAUCCCCCCAGAGGCAUUAGAGCGCAGCCUUAAGGCCAUAAGACCCUAUCAUGCCCUGUUGCUUCUGGAAAAUGAGAAAACACUCCUCAGCCAGCUUCCCCUGGACUGCUCCCCUGCAUUGAUCCGCCUGAUUAAAACCUGCUCAGCAGUGAAAAACCUGCAGCAGCUGGCACAGGAUGCUGACCUGGCCUUACUUCAGAUCUUUCAGAUUGCUGCUCAUUUGGUUUAUUGGGGCAAGGCAAUUAUCAUCUACCCACUGUGUGAGAAUAAUGUCUACAUGCUGUCUCCACAUGCUAACAUCUGCCUAUAUUCACCACUGGCUGAGCAGUUUGCCCAGCAGUUUCCUGGUCAUGAUCUGCCCUCUAUGUUAGCCAAGUUCUCACUGCCUGUCUCACUGGCUGAGUUUAGAAAUCCCCUGGAAGCUCCCACACAGGAGUUUAUCCUAAUGCAGUUUGCUGCUCUGCUGGUUAACCAGGCCCAAUUAAUCCAGAUGGUGGUUUGGAUGCUGCAGCGCCGCCUCCUGAUCCAGCUGCACACUUAUGUGUGCUUGUUGGUACCACCCAGUGAGGAUGAGCCUGGGCUGAGGGAUGAAGACCCUCCGCUGGCUGCCCGAGUAGGAGGUCGCAGUCUCAGUACCCCUAGUGCGCUCAGUUUCGGCUCACCAACCAGCAGUGAUGACAUGACUCUAACCAGUCCCAGUAUGGAAAACUCCAGUGCAGAGCUGCUAACUGGUGGAGACUCCCCACUCAACAAGAGGAUGACUGAGACACUGCUCGCCAGCCUGUCAGAGCACGAGAGGCAGUUUAUUCUUAACAUCCCCGCUGCACAAAAUCCAGAGGAUCUGCGGAUGUUUGCCAGGCUACUGCACUAUUUCCGAGGACAUCACCACCUGGAAGAGAUUAUGUACAAUGAGAACAUGAGGCGCUCGCAGCUAAAGACGCUGUUUGACAAGUUCCGCAGUGUCCUUGUGGUUACCAACCAUGAAGAUCCCAUUAUUUCAAUCUUUCAGUCACCAAUGGAGUAGCGGUGCAGAGAGCGUUUCAGCAACUGGAAAAUGUGUCAGUUUAGGAGAAGUUAAUGGCCUGCUGGGCUCACAGCUAAGUGGUCAAAGACGUUUUAAAACAAAAUGCCUUGACUGCAAAAUGUGCGCAAGAUGUUUUCUCUGUAUGAGCCAAAUGUUUGUUUACAGUAAUAAAUUAUUUUGUACAUACCA